AAGUUCGCCGUAGUGGAGGUUCUGAAGCGGGACGCGAAGGCCGAUUUCGGCCGGAGGGAUUUCAAGGAGGCGCUGCAGAAGUACAACAGGGCCUUGGCCUUCCUGGCAGAGGCCCGGAUGUCCGCGCUGGAGCUGCCGACCGACGACUUCGAGCGCGUCCGCGCGGAGGCCGAGGCGUCCUGCGGGCCCGGCGAGCCGUGGUACUUCCGCGUGCUUUGGGGGGCCAUGGCGCAGGCAGCGCUGACGUGCGACGACGAGGCGUCCAAGCUCUUCGCCAACGUCAGCCUCUGCCACGGGAGGCUCGGCGCGUGGUCGCAGGCGCAGGGCGCCGCCGCGGCGGCCGUGGAGCUGAACCGAGCGUGGACGAAGGCCCAGUACCGCCUGGCGGAGGCCCAGUCGCACCUGGGUUUGCACAAGGUCGCGCUGAGCCAGGCGCGGCGCGCGCGGCUGUGCUCGGACCCGGAGGAGGUGCAGGAGGUGUCGCGGCUGCAGGCGCGGGUGCUGGCCAGGUCCCUGAGGGACCGGGGCGUGGGGCUGGACAGCUUCGACAAGUUUGACGUGGAGCAGACGAAGGACGAGCGGGAGCUGGAGGAGUACAAGGCCUUGGCCAUGCUUGAGCUGGACGUGUUCAGGAGCCUGCCCUCGUACCGCCCGGGCAUCGAGCGCCUGACCUUCCCUGACCUCCACGCCGCAGGCGACCGCGCCUGGGACGUGGACCGGCCGCAGCCCGUGCGCUUCGACGACUACGUCAGGCACGUGGUGGAGACCGAGGGCGGCGAGAAGCUGCGGGACAGCGGCGACUGGCACGCGUGGGCCUCGGCCAUGGGCUCGCAGGUGCGAGCAGGGUUGGACAACUUGCUCGCCCUGCACAUGUGCGACAGGGGCGACGAUUGA